UUCAGCGGGAGUGACUGUCCACUCUUGAUUUUUACUUUUUGUUUUUUAAACUUGUUGAUUAUUUUUAAUGUUAUUGUAAUAUUAAUUUUAUUUAAUACUCACUUGCCUAUAUGGAUGUGUGGUAGUGAAAUUCUGUAACAAAUUACUAACAAGAGGUAUUAAUAAAUUGAGCAAAUGGCAGCGUCGCCGUCUUCUCUUACGGAUGCUAAUCAUUCGGUGCUAGUUCUCGACGGUGGUUUCUCCUCUCAACUGUCCUGCCACGUGGGCACCACCGCCGACGGCGACCCGCUGUGGAGUGCCCGCUUCUUGGAAACACAUCCGGAGGAAGUGGUCAACACUCAUUUGGAUUUCCUGCGCGCCGGUGCCGACAUCAUCAUGACCAAUACUUACCAGGCAUCCGUCGGCGGCUUCGUCAAGUACCUCGGUGUCACUCCCGAGGAAGGCUUUUCGCUUAUACAACGAGCUGUAAAACUAGCGCAACGUGCCUGUGAUACAUAUAUGGAAGAAUGCCAAGACAGCGUUAUACAACGCCCUCUAAUCGCAGGGUCGGUAGGUCCAUACGGAGCUCACCUACACGACGGAUCUGAGUACGACGGUAGCUACGCAGAUAAAACGCCAACAGAAACACUGAGGGAAUGGCAUACACCUCGAAUUGAGGCUUUAAUUGAAGCUGGUGUUGAUUUGCUCGCUUUUGAAACCAUACCCUGUCAGAAAGAAGCAGAGAUGCUCGUUGACAUGUUAAACGACUACCCUCUAGUCAAAGCAUGGCUCUCGUUUAGCUGUAGAGAUGACAAAACACUAGCUCAUGGCGAGAACUUCCAAGAGGUGGCAAAAAAAUGCUGGGACGCAAGUCCUAACCGUUUAGUAGCCAUCGGCGUUAACUGUUGCUCUCCGUUAAUUGUCGCCGGGCUAUUUAAAGGCUUCAAUGAUGAUAGGAAACAUGCCCCAAUACCCCUCAUAACAUACCCCAACUCAGGGGAGAAGUAUAACCCCCAAUUGGGGUGGAUAGACAGAGAUAAAUGUGUAGCACUGGAUAGUUUUGUCCACGAGUGGUUAGAUUUAGGUGUUAAAUAUGUAGGAGGCUGUUGCAGAACAUACGGAGCUGAUAUCUCUUGCAUCCGCACACAGGCUACGAGCUGGUGCGACCGUAAGAAGUUUGAUGAGGCACAAUCAAAGUCAGGUCCCAUUUAGGAACUUGACAAAGUAAUAUGGUUUUAGUCAUGUUAUUGUAAUUGUUUAUUAACCAGCUAAUUGGAAGUUUAUUAUAAUUAUAUUAAGUUUUAAUUGUUAUUUUGAAAGUUG